CUCCAACAAACACACAAAGAGAAAAGAGUUACUUACUUACACGUACACGAGUCCCUCCCUCCAACCCAAAACAGUACCCUUUUUCCCAGGCCGCAACAAACAUACAAGAAACCGAGUUCGGAACCAGAAGCAAUAAACCAAUCAUCACCACAAUGAUGAAGUGGAGGCAGAGCGAUCUGGACGUGAUCCUGGUUCCGAUGGCCUUGAUGGUGAUCGCCGGCUACCACGCCUGGCUCUGGCACAAGGUCCGCACCCAGCCCCUCUCCACCACCCUCGGCACCAACGCCGCCGGCCGCCGAUACUGGGUCGCCGCCAUGAUGAAGGACAACGAGAAGAAGAACAUCCUGGCGGUUCAAACACUGAGGAACCUGAUCAUGGGCUCCACGCUGAUGGCCACGACGUCGAUCCUCCUCUCGGCGGGCUUAGCCGCCAUCAUCAGCAGCACCUACAGCGUCAAGCGGCCCCUAAACGACACCGUUUUCGGUGCCCAGGGUGACUUCAUGAUGGCCGUGAAAUACGUCACCAUCCUCACCAUCUUCCUCUUCUCCUUCUUCUGCCACUCCCUCUCCAUCCGCUUCGUCAACCAGGUCAACCUCCUCAUCAACACGCCUCAAAGUCAAGAUCCCGCCGCCGACGGCCACGUUAUCGUCACCCCGGAGUACGUCGCCGACCUCCUGGAGAAGGGUUUCGUACUCAACACGGUGGGCAACCGACUCUUCUACGCCGCGCUGCCGCUUCUUCUCUGGAUCUUCGGCCCGGUGCUUGUGUUCCUCUGCUCCGUCGCCAUGGUCCCCGUCCUCUACAACCUCGACUUUCUGUUUGGUGUCGGCGGUGACGGAGCUGGUGGGAAGAGGAAACCCGCCGCCGACCACCGUCGUCAGGGCUCGAGUUUGGUGUAGAAAGUAAUGUCUGUGGUGGGCACGUAACGUAAUGCUGGAUCGGCUGUUUUUUAACUUUCAAAGUGUUGUUGAAUCAUAAUUAUUAUUAUUAUCCAUCGGUGGUUGUGUAUUAUGUGACAUUUUGAUAAUUGAGUGGGUGUAUGUUUUAUUUACGUGGUGUCGCUUAUUUGAUGAUUUGCUUGUACCAGAUCUAGAAAUUUUUAACAGGGUGUCCUCUUAAAAAAAAAAAAAUCAUAAAUAAAAAAAUAUCAAACUAGUACAAAUUUUAACAUAUGGCCACGACGUGUUUUUAUAUUCUGAAAAAGAAUAAAAAAUAGGCUUGGUAAAUUGCUCAACAAAUAUGUAUAUCUUACUAGACAAUAGUUCACGAACUGAGUAUGGAUUUCUAACCUUGUUAUUGAUGUAACUCAAAGUUGAAAAGACUCUUUCAACACUUGUUGUGUAACCAUAAAAUCAAUUCAAAUUAAGGGUAGCCCGUAAUUAGUUUAAUUGUUAGGUUUUGGAAAUAUUCGGGGAUAAGGAAUAACUUUUAACUAUUAUGUAGUGUUUAAAAUAGAACAACAAAUGAGUUGCAACUCAAUGGAGGACAAUGUUUAAAAAAUAUAGUAUAUCCUAAGUUUGAAUAACACAGACUAUCGCUUAUUUUUUUAAGUAUACGCAAACUAAUACUGGGGAUAGUAUUAUCGUUGUAGCGAUGUCCCGAAUCACUAAGUAUAAUUUUUUUAUCCAUACAAAACUAUUACAGGGGGUUGAAUAAUCGUAUUCCUGAAUU